AUGCAGCCCGAAGUUCUCAUGCACGUCUGCCUGUCGGUUGGUGAGCUAGAUGUUGACGCCACAGACGCCCCAUUUGCGUCUGCAGCCUACAGCAACCUGUUCAGCAGACGUGUGCAGGCACAAGUUUUUGCAUACGAAGUCGGUGCAAGGCGGAUAUCGGUGUCACCUGGCCUUCUGGCAAAGCUGCAGACUGUGGAGCAUCCUCAGCCCGCUGAUUUGCGUCUGGAGCCAGCCUCGAUGCCUGACGAGCACGUGGCGACGCCUCCAACCCCCGAUCAGCGCACCGCAUCUCUCGAAGAGACGCGAGAGACGCAAGUUGCACAAGCUGGUGAGUGGAGAGCGACGUACCCGGAUGAGCGGGUUGGUGCCUCCGUGCCAAGCAGCGCCUCACAGCGAACGGUAUUAUCCUUCGGAGGCAGCUCCAAGCCGAAGGCUUCCACAAUUACGACAGGCAUGCUGAAUGCCGAUAGUGGUGAUGGCGUUCCUCAAGCUUUAGGCUUUGAGGCCGCCACGAGAAGCAGAGGGAGCGGACUGCGUGUGGCACAGGAAGCCAGCAAGGAAAGCCGCGAUGCUCCUAAACUCGUGCGAAGGUCUAUCGACUGGAGUGAUGCCUCUUUUCUCCAGCGGCUGGUUCGACGAGGGCUGAAGGCAGCAGAUGCUGGAUGGAAGCAAUCCUGGGAAGAGUUGUGUGAAAAAAAAGACAUUUCGUCGAGCCUCUCUGCACAGAAGCCAUCGAAAGAGGUGUUGGUGGAAUUCGUAGAGGCGAACCUGUGCCAGACCACUGGUAAGGCAUGGGCACAAACUCUGCUGUAUAAGAGGGAGGGCGAGGACGACCCUGCCCCAACGGACGAGUUGUCUGACCAGGAUUCCGAUCCUGCCGCCAUGGUCGAAUCGGAUGACAUCCAGGUUUCUGCUUUGGAUUCUUCCUUUCUGCCGCAGCCGAGCCAGUCUGCUUCCACUGGCCUUCAGCAUCGGGAAGGACGGUCGUAUACUGUCUACCGUCUGCAAACAGCUUGCGACUCACCGUGCUGCCCCCGCCCGCACGUCAUCGCACCGCCAGGAGACGCCGCUUCGAAAGACGCCGAGGAAGAGUCGCCGGAGAAAGAGCAGCCGCAGCCCGGUGAAGUGCAGCAGCCGCAGCCCCUCCCGCUGGUGGCUGCGGGGCCUAGUCCUGCGCAGAGUGAGGCAGAGUUUCUGGGAGACUUGUCACCGACAGAAAACCCCCACAGACAUGCUUUGCCAGACGUGGCAAUGGUGUCAAAGGUGGAACCGGAGGAGGGAGCGACGGAGGAGGCAGAUGCUGCGCUCUCUGAAGUUCCACCGGAGCUUGCUCCAGGCAAGGCGAGUAAGAAGGAGAAGAAGGAGAAAAAGGACAAGAAAGAAAAGAAAAAGGACAAGAGAGCCAAGAAAGAGAAAAAGGAAAAGUCAGACCCGACAGCGGAAGCACAGCCGAGAGAGUCCAAGAGGCAGGCAGCACCACAGGUUGCAAUUGUGGCGGCGCAGCUGGACAGCUCCAGCGAUUCUAGCAGUGCCGAGAUUGAGCCAAUAACAAGCACACCGCCUUCGCGAGACUACAAGACGCAUUUAUGCAGCGAAUUCUUGGAGGGUAGAUGCCGCAAAGGCAGCGCGUGCCCAGCUGCGCACUCCCAAAGUGAGCUCAGACAGCCUGGAGAGGCAGCUGCAGAUUUCCGACGACAAGCGCGAUCUCGGACCGCGAGAGACAGUGGAGGCGACAUGCCGCCUCGGGGCCCAGGCCCACCAUGGCCAAAGCCAGCUCGCCAAGCCCUACCCGGAGCAUCGCAUGCGAUGGGUGUUCAUCAUCUCAUGGACCCACUCAUGAUGGGACAUCCAGCCAUCAUGACGGUGCCCUUCAUGGCACCCGAGAUGAUUCACGGGCCGUCGCACUAUCACCCAAUGGCCAUGAUUGUGGACCCAGCCAUGGUGAUGCCUAAGUUUAAAGAGAAGCAGGAGAAGAAGAGCAAGAAGGGUCACAGGGAGGAGCGUGAUCGCGAAAGGGAGAAGCAGAAACGAAAGGCAGAGAAGACAACCGAUGCUUCCACAAAGCGGCACGAGCAGGAAGUUGGGGACCAGGCAACUGCUGCAGCUGAGCAUGCCGUGUCAAUGUCGAGGAGAAGCGGCAGCAGCAAAAACAGAAAGCCGCCAAGCACAAGGCAGCGGUCCGACCAGUGCUGA